UCUAAUAGACUCCAUAUAAUAGACUACACAACGUGUUAAAGCGCCAUGUCAUUCCUGAGGCUCGGUUUAUGUGUCAUCGGGGUCUACUCGAUGUUCCUGCUAUGGGCAAUAGCACAAGAAAGAUUAUCCGUGCCGUUCCAGUCAAUAGACGGGAUCUCCAGCGACAAAUUCCGGUCACCUCUGUUCAUGAACACAUGCCAGAGUGCACUGAGCGCUCUUUCAGCCAUCAUCUACCUUUUCAUCCGAAGACCUGCUGCCUUUUCCGUGAAGCAAACACUAGGCAUCGCCAGGCCGUCAAACCAGCCCAUACAUACAUCGUCCAACGGGCACGCAAAGGAGAAUGGUCACUCACAUCCUAAGGCGGAUGGGCAGUUUCCUACAAGGUCCCUUCUGCUUCGAUAUCUCCAGUGUGCCGUUUUCAUCACCGCCGCUGCGCCCUUUGGAUUUGCUGCUCUCUCCUACAUCACCUACCCCGCGAUGGUCCUAGGCAAAUCGUGCAAGCUCGUGCCGGUCAUGCUCAUGAACGUGCUCCUCUAUCGGCGCAAGUUUGCCCCGCACAAAUACCUCGUCGUCGCGAUGGUGACGCUGGGUAUUACCAUGUUCAUGGGCUUCGGGCAGGAGAAGCCGUCUAAGGCAAAGGCGGGCGCUGACUUGUCAGCGUAUACCCAGCUCAUUGGCAUCACUUACCUUCUCAUCAACCUUGCCAUAGAUGGCGCAACGAACUCGACACAAGACGAGAUCUUCGCGCGUUACCGCGUUUCGGGACAGCAGAUGAUGUUCUGGAUAAACCUGUUCUGCACGCUGUUGACGUCCUUCAUUUCUGUGUUACCUCUGCCGUAUAUUCCAGUGCUGCACCCCUCGAACAGUGGCACUGAAUUGCAGGGCGCACUUGAAUUCAUUCGGACUCAUCCAUCGGUCGUCAUGCCCUUGGCGCAGUUUGCGUUGACAGGCGCGCUAGGCCAGCUAUUCAUAUUCGAGACGCUGCAGCACUUUGGAUCCCUCACACUUGUGACAAUCACCCUCACACGCAAGCUAUUCACAAUGCUACUUUCAGUGGUCGUCUACAACCACAAGCUUACGAAAGGACAAUGGCUGGGUACUGCAGUUGUUUUCGCUGGAAUUUCUGUCGAAGCAUGGGUUAAGCGCCGAGACGUGCACGCGAAACGGGUGGUCCAGGAGAAGGAGAAGGCGAAGAUCAAAUCACUAUGAUAUAUAAAUUAUUCUGUGAUAACAGCACUGACAGCGAUGAUAUUUCAAUGGACUGGGGGCCAUA